AUGCGGCAGCUAGAUAAGUGCAAGGCGCAGAGUGGUGACAAAUCUCAGUCUCAGAUGUCUUUCAGGAGGUCCUGUCCUGGGCUCUCCAGCCAGUUCUAUUUUCCAGACAUCAAAGGGAUCUUCGUGCACCCCUUCCUGGCUGAGAGGAUCAUCUCCAUGCUGAAUUAUUUUCUGCAGCACUUAGUGGGCCCUAAGAUGGGGGCCCUUAAAGUCAAGGACUUCAGUGAGUUUGACUUCAAGCCCCAGCAGCUUGUUUCUGACAUCUGCACCAUCUACCUGAAUCUGGGGGAUGAGGAGAAUUUCUGUGCUACAGUCCCAAAGGAUGGACGAUCGUACUCUGCCGCCCUCUUCUCCCAAACAGUGAGGGUGCUGAAGAAGAUAAACAAGCCUGGGGACAUGAUCGUGGCGUUUGGACUCCUUGCUGAUAAAAUAAAGCCCCAUGCAGACAGACAGCAGCAGGAAGAGGAGACGUAUGCAGAUGCCCCGGAUGAGUUCCUGGAUCCCAUCAUGUCCACUCUGAUGCUCGACCCGGUCCUCCUCCCUUCCUCCAGUGUCACAGUUGACCGCUCAACUAUAGCAAGGCAUCUCCUCAGUGACCAGACAGACCCUUUCAACCGCAGUCCUCUGACCAUGGACCAGAUCAGGCCAAACGAGGAACUCAAGCAGCAGAUCUUACAGUGGCUGGAUAAGCAUAAGCUGGAGAGGCAGCAGCUGGGACCCAGUGGCUAGCCGCGAAUCCUCGCUGUGACAAACAAUGAAUGCAUCCCGGGUUUCUUUCACAGCUUACAUCUAGCGUGCUCCUCUGCUUCUUGUCUAAUCCAUGGUGUGCUUGCCUCUGUGGAUUUCUUCAGACUAACAUUGCAUUAGCUUUUACAUGCAGCCUUCACGCUCCGUGGAUUCCCUCUGUGAAAAACUGUCCAGGCAAAACUGUAGCCCACAGGCUGGUGACGACUUCAAAAUCCAUACCAACCCACGCAGUAGCUGUUUGAGUCCCAUGAUGCCCCGUGGUACCAUGAUGCACCCGCUGGUCUCUCUCCCUGAAUACUGUGUAUUAAUUAGCUCAUUAUUACAAUCAGAACUGUGGCCAGAAGCAUCAGUUUCAACAGGACUUGUUGAAUGUACUGAAUGAACUCCUGACUGACCAGUCGGCCUAAACCAGAUGUUAUACUGCAAGGUGAGUAUUUUGGGGAACUGUUAAAGCAGAACAUGGAAGAAAUGGUUAGGAUUUAACUUCAUGAAAGUGAAAACACUGCCUCUUAAAGUUCUUGAACACCCAACGUUUCAGCAUAUUAGGUUACGUCUCAAGCAGAAUUGUAAAUAAAAUUAGCAAUUAAAGGCAACAGCAAAGGUAAAACUGAAGUUUAUGUGUGUGACUUUUAUUUUAGUGGAGAUAAUCUAAAUUUAGAUGGAGAUGUUUAAAUUAAUUGUCUCUAUUAUAAGCAUACUGAAGCACAAAACCAUACAGAAUAUACUUUUUCUGUAUUUUAACCUUUAUAUCUAAGUGUCUUUGCAUCUUCAAGUCCACCUGCCUUUAAUUAAGUAGUAAUGACAGAUCUCAUUAGGGUCUGAGAGCUUGCUUACUAAUAGGUUGUUGGAUAAGGAUUUAAACUGUGUUUAACUUAGUACUCA